AUGGGCGCCAAGAUUCCGCGAAACUUCCGCCUCUUGGAGGAGCUUGAGAAGGGAGAGAAGGGCUUGGGAGCUGAGGCUUGCUCGUAUGGCUUGGAUAACCCCGAGGACCUUCUGAUGUCGGACUGGAAUGGUACCAUCCUCGGUCCUCCUCAUAGCGUCCACGAGAACCGAAUCUACUCCGUCAGGAUGCACUGCGGUCCCCAGUAUCCCGACACUCCGCCCACCAUCCACUUCGUCAGUCAGGUGAACCUGCCCUGCGUCAACCCGAAGGACGGCCAGGUCGACCCGAAACAACUGCCUUGCCUAGCUAGUUGGAGAAGAGAGAACACGAUGGAGACAAUUCUGAUUGAACUCCGGAGAUACAUGGCUUCGAGUCAGUGCUUCGCCCUCUACCGCGCGCUUCUGCGCCUAGCACCGCAGAUCCAACUCCCCGCUGACCUCGCCGACGGCUGGAAGGCCAGCAACCCGAUCACGACGCACAUCCAGCGCGCCUUCCGGCGCAACCGGCCCGACACGAGCCCGCGGCUCGUCUACCCAGCCCUGAAAGCCGGCUACCGCUUCCUCGCCCUCCUCACGACCGCCGCCCACACGGCGACGGGCCCCGACCACGCCUCCAUCGUAACAUUCCUACAGUCGCGCCUGCACGAGCGCGAGCGCACGCGCGCCGUGAAGGCCCGAAUCAAGGCCUCGCGCGCGCAGCACCCCAAUGCCAGGCCCCGAACAUCCGCGCCGCGCCCGGGCACGCGCCCCCUCCUCGUGAACACGACCCCUGCCCCCACGGCUUCGAACCCGACCCCAAAACCGCAGUACGAGACGCCGUCACGGCCACUACCAGCGUCUGAGCUGGGCGGCAGCGGCAGGCGCCAGGUGCCGCGCCUCGACAUGGCAGGCUCUGACUUCCCGAUUCUGCGGCUCACAAAACCGCAGCCGAAGCUGCUGAGCCGCGUGCUGACGCAGAAGAUCGGGAAGCGCGUCGGGCGCGCGCGGUUCGUGCAUGAGCUCCAGGAGGCGGGGAUCGAGGAUGCGCAGCUAGAGGACGCUUGGGAGAAGGAUGUUGCGCUGUUGAUGCGGUCGGAGAGACAGCAGCGGCGGAGGCGGGAGCGGCGGGGCCAGGAUAACGGAAACGGAAAUGGGGAGGCAGAGGUUAUGAAACAGCUCGCGGCCGAAGAGCAGGCUAUACGCAGCGACAUGGCCGCGGACGCGACGUACAACCAGGGCGUGUGGCUGUACGGCAUCCAGUACGUCAGCAAUCUGCUGAAUCGCGAGCGCGAGGACCAGGUCGCGCGCGCUGACGCCAUGAGGAGGCUCAUCGCGCAGGAGACUGCGCUGGCCGUGGCUGAAAGGGAGCAGAGGAAGGCUGAGAGCCAUGCGCGGCGGAGGGCGCGCUGGGAGGAGCGGAUGCGGAAGGAGGAUGGUGAGGCGUGGAGGGAGACGGCUCAGGCGCCGCAGGAUGGUAGUCAAGAGAGCCACACAACGUCGUUCUAG